AUGAAGGAAAAUACAAACAAUCUUAGACCCUUCCUCAUUCCAUUACCCGUGACUCCAACGCCCGCAAUGAAAACGCCGAGGAAAGGUCUAUUUGCAGAAGGCGGCACAGCGGCAAGUAACUUGAUCGACGAGGAGUGUGAGAUAUCAGAGAAAGGAGAAGGAGGAGAAGAAGUGGUUAUUCCACAGGAAGGUAGAAUAAUACCUGUGAUUCAUAUGGGAGAUGAACCGGAGGGAUGCACUUCAAUGAGAGCCUUACAUACCCCACAUGAAGAUGAAGGUAAUAUGGGGAAAGAGGGUUAUAUUUUUCUUAAAGAGAGAAUAAGAAUAAAGGAUCUAAAUUCUGUUAUUGAACAAGUAAAAAAGAAUUUUGAACUAGCAGUGAAUUAA